CCCACUCUUCUUCCCAAACAUUACAGCUUUACAGCUUUACAGCUUUAGCUCCCUAACUAUAUCUCACUUUCAAACUCUCGCUCUCUUCUCUCUCUCUCUCUCUGUGUCGGUAGUCUGUGUUGUUUAGCUUUGCAGAGAUCAUGAUGAAUUUGAAGGUUAGCAAUGGAGAAUCUAAGAAGAAAGUUUCAUGUAGAAGGCUUGGAGGCUAUCUUAAACAACAGAAAGGAAGGCUUUACAUUAUAAGGAGAUGUAUAGUCAUGCUUCUCUGUUGGCAUGACUGAACUUUAGUUUUUUUAUUUUAGUACCUACCACGUUAAUUAUGGAGCAGUAGUGCACUAAGCAGAAAACUCUAGCUCGCCACCAAAAACCCCUCUUUGAUCUCUCUCUGUCCCUUUUUUUUUUUUCUUUGACAAUAAUUUUUUCUAGCUAGCUAGUUCGAAAUGUAAAUAGCAAUGAGCAAUAUUUUGUUAGCGGUUUCAAUACAAUUUUAUAUUCUGUUUUAAUUUUCUGUGCAUGACCAUGCCUCUAGUUCAUGAUUUGUACAAUGGAAAAUGUUCAAAUUAAUUACACAAUAUUUCCAUUUCGUUUAA